CUAGAUUUUCAUAAACUCUAGUGUCUAGACUUUCAAUUAUUCAUUAUUGAUUAUUCACAAUUAUUUAUCUCAAGAUGAUCUAAUUGCUUUCGUCUGUAAAUAUUUUUAUUAGUGCAAAAACUACCGAAGGUGUUAGCCUUGUUCCCUUGACAAUUGCUUGGGCCAGGUUGGUGGACAAGUCAAAAUGAAAAUCAACCUUAUCCACAUAUGUUUGUGCUUGUUAUUGGUAUUUGAUAUUACCACCGGUGACAAUGAGGAUAAUGUCAACGUGUUGACAAGCCGUUCGUCAUCUAAGUCAUCUAAAUCCGUGACAAUAUCUCUUUUCAGUAAAUGGAAUCAAACUUGUCUUUAUUCGGAGGCCAGUGAAUACCUGUGGGAGGAAUCUCAUAAUCUUUUCUGGACAUUUUUGGAAACAUUAACAAGUCAACCAGUUGCUGAUAGAUAUAUUAGCUCAUCAAGCUUCCAAGAUGACUAUGAAAGAAUACUUCAGCUUACCUUGCCUCUAUUAUCACCCUCCAAAAAGUCAAUCCUUAAAUUUAGUUUGUCUCUACGCUCUCAUUCACCCACAGUGGAGAUGUUUAAUCAAAUGUCUAAAGACAAAAGAGUUGACUUAGGGUUAGAUUCAGACGGUAAUGGUGAAUCUAAUGCUAUUAUUGGUAGUGAUAUAUUCUGUCCGACCUUCGUUGAAUUUUCUCGGCCAUCAUCUCAAAAUGACAUACCAUUUGCUUGUGAUGUUGAAUCUGCUAAAAGCACUCUGACUCAAUUAUUAUCGGCUCAAACUUCUUUCAUUAGUCCAUUAAUUUAUAAAUCAGAUCAUAUUCAUCCUGAAAGCUCGUCACAGGCGAAUUAUAUCACUGCCAUUCUCUAUGGUCAUUUCCCAAGCUCAUCUUUUUCUAAUUUGUACAACUUUUUAAAGACCCAAGUUAUUGAUACGGGCAGAAUUAAAUUAUUGAUACGACAUUACAUUCCGUUUGUUAAACCCGGUAAAGUAUCUCUAUCUGGUUAUGGUGUUGAACUAGCCAUUAAAAGUACUGAAUACAAGGCUCAAGAUGAUACUCGAGUUAAAGGUGAAGCUACAUCUGCUGCAUUAGCAUUACAAUCAGAUGAUGGGCCUGAUGAACUUGAAGGUUUUGUAUUUUCAAAGUUGAAACAAAGUUAUCCGGAUAGCGCUGAAAAAAUCAAUGAGUUCCAUACUCAUUUAAUUGAAACAAUGAAAGAAAUUGCCACCUUUAAAGUUUGGGAACUUCAAGAUAUGAGUUUACAGGCUGCUAAAAAGAUUAUAAGCUCUCCCAAAGAAGACCAACUUCGACUUUUGAAGGAUAUUGCACAAAAUUUUCCAUCUUUAUCCCGAACAUUGAUAAAUAUUCCAGUUGAUAAUGAUCUCAAAAAAGAAGUUGAGCGGAACCAGCACAUUUUCAUGCACCAUCUCAAUCUGGGAACAUCAGAUUCAGCUCUUUUCGUAAAUGGUAUGUUUUUUGAUAUGGAUACAACCGAUAUUUUUACUCUUCUUCACUACUUGAAGAAAGAAGUAAAACUCAUAGAAGGACUCCAUAAAGUUAUUGGCCAAGAUCAAGCGAAAAUCAAAAAAUUAAUCAAAUUGGAUGUCAACGAUGAUAAACAAGAGUAUCAAAUCGAUAUCAGAGAUUCUGCUGUUAUGUAUGUCAAUGACAUAGAAAAUGAUAAGAUGUAUCGUAGCUGGUCAUCAAGUUUACAAGAUAUGCUUCGACCAACUUAUCCUGGAAUGUUAAGAAAUGUUCGUAAAAACAUGUAUCAUCUUGUGCUCAUCAUAGAUCCAAGUAAAAAAGAAUCGUUUGAUAUUAUUAAAUUGGCCGAGUCGUUUUAUGUCCAUAAAGCACCUCUUCGAAUUGGAUUUGUCUUCGCAGUCAAUAAGAAUAUGUCAGUUAAUGGAUUCAACGAUGCCGGAGUCGCUUUGCUUAAUGCAUUCAACUACAUUACUGAAACUAAAACUCCUUAUGAUGGACUUUCGUUCUUAACGGAUGUUAUAGCAUCUAUCAAAUCAAAUAGCAUUGAAGAGAAAGAUUUAAAUCCAGAGAGCGUCGUCAAUUUGUUAAAAGCAAAAUUCCCCAAGGCUGAUCUUGAUUUAGUAUUUGGAUCAGAUUCUAAUUAUGAUACUGGGCGUAAAUUAGCUUGGGACUUUCUCCAAAGGACUGGUCUGACUUCUCCAAUUAAAGUUUUGAUGAAUGGUGUUGUAUUAAAACAGAAUCAUCUUAACUCGGAACUUUUUGAAGAGGCAGUUUUGACUGAAAUCAUGCGACAAACGCCAACUAUUCAAAAAGCUGUAUAUAAGGGCGAACUUACUGAAUCAAAAGAUAUUCUUGACUGGCUCAUGUCUCAAAAAACAGUUAUGCCUAGACUCAAUCAACGAAUUCUCAAUAAUAAAGGUAAAAUUAUUGAUCUUGUGCCGGAUGAAACACUUGCCAGCCCUUCUGAUGAAACUGAUAUUGUGAGCAGUACACUCAGUUUGAACAAUUUCCAAGCUCGAAUAAAGUACAUCAUAAGUAAUGAGAAACGUUGUUCUCCAAUCACACUUUGGAUCGCUGCUGAUUAUGAGAAAAAGGAAGGAAGGAGAAUUCUGUUAUCUGCUCUUUCUUAUCUUCGUUCAAACAAUCAACAUAUGAGACUCGGAAUCAUCUAUUCAAAUGUUGGAUUAGUAUCUCAAACAAUUGAAGCUGCUCUGAGCUCAAUUAGAGACGCAAAGUCAACGCUUUCAUUCCUUAUUAAAUAUCUUGUUGAAGUUGAGCAUGAUACAAGUCUAGAUAAUGUUCUAAAUGCACAUGAAUUGGUACCAGCGGAAGCUAAAGACGAUUUCAAAGAAGUUUUCAAAAACAUUCAACUGGAUACUACCUUAUUCAAUUUGCAUCACGAAUUUAUUUCAAAAAUUAUCGAAUUGGAUGAUUCUAAAAUUGGCGUUGUUGUCAAUGGUCGAGUGAUUGAGAUUCCAACCAAUGAGUCAUUUGUCGAGGAUGAUUUCAGCCUCGUUGAAAGACAUGGUAUGUUGAAUUUCGGUCAAAAAAUCUUGGAGGUUCUAGAUACAAAUGAUAAGUCCGAUCCUGCAAUCUGUAGUAACCUUGUUAUGAAAAUAAGCAAUGUUUUAUCAUCAUCAUCUAUAAAUAAAAUGCGCCAUGAGUUACAAAAUUUUGGAUCAGAACAUAGUGCAAUCAUUUUACCUUCAUCAACUCCUGAACUGCCAACACUUGAUGUCACAGCCAUUGUUGAACCUUUAUCUCGAGGAGCCCAGAAACUUGCUCCUAUUUUGAUGGCUCUGCAGAAAGUUUUCAAUAUUAACAUCAGAGUGUAUCUAAAUUGUAUUGAAAAACAUUCGGAUAUGCCUCUUAAAAAUUAUUUCCGAUAUGUUAUCGACAGUGAGAUGCAUUUCGCUGAUACCCAAGGCUCCAAACUAUUGAAUACAGAUGCAUAUUUUGGCAAUAUGCCGUUAUCACCUUUGUUUACUCUUGGUAUGAUUACACCAGAAAAUUGGUUGGUUGAAAGUGUGACUUCCCCUUAUGAUCUUGAUAACAUUCACUUGGAAGAAAUUGAAGGUCCUGGUGUUUGGGCUGAUUUUGAACUUGAAUAUCUUCUAUUGGAAGGACACUGUUUUGAACAAUCGACUGGUAAUCCUCCUCGUGGCUUACAAUUUAUUUUAGGCUCUAAAAGUGAUCCUGAUGUUUCUGAUACAAUUGUCAUGGCUAAUCUUGGAUAUUUCCAAUUGAAAGCUAACCCUGGUGCUUGGACACUUCGGUUAAGACCGGGAAGAAGUGACGAUAUCUACUCUAUUGUUAGUCAUGAGAACACAGACCCCGUUUCAGAUAGUUCAAAUGUAGUCAUUUUGAUCUCUAGUUUCCAAAGUAACGUAGUUAAAAUAAGAGUAAAUAAGAAACCUGACAAACAAGACGAAGAAUUACUGUAUGAUGAUGGAGAUGACGAUGAAAAUAGCUUAUGGGGUUCAAUCAGCUCAUGGACAGGUGGAUCUAAGAAAAAGCAGACCAAUGGAGUUCAGGAGAAAGAAACUGAAAAGUUAAACAUUUUCUCUUUGGCCUCUGGUCAUCUAUAUGAAAGACUUCUCAGAAUUAUGAUGUUGAGUGUAAUUAAACACACCAAAACACCAGUUAAAUUUUGGUUCCUUAAAAAUUACUUGUCUCCUACAUUCAAAGAUUUCCUUCCCACCAUGGCUGAAAAAUACGGUUUUGAAUACGAAUUAGUACAAUACAAAUGGCCUAGAUGGUUACACCAACAAACAGAAAAGCAAAGAAUUAUUUGGGGAUACAAGAUUCUAUUUCUCGAUGUUCUUUUCCCGUUGGAUGUAAAAAAGAUUAUUUUCGUUGAUGCUGAUCAGGUUGUCCGAGUUGAUCUCACUGAACUUCGUGAUUUAGAUUUAGAGGGUGCACCUUAUGGUUACACUCCCUUCUGCGAUAGUCGAGAAGACAUGGAUGGUUUCCGGUUCUGGAAAACUGGUUAUUGGGCCAAUCAUUUACAUGGUCGAAAAUAUCACAUUUCAGCCUUAUAUGUAGUUGAUCUUCAGAGAUUCCGUCGUAUCGCUGCUGGAGAUCGGUUAAGAGGACAAUAUCAAGGUUUAAGUCAAGAUCCUAAUAGUUUGAGUAAUCUUGAUCAAGAUUUACCAAACAAUAUGAUUCAUCAGGUACCGAUUAAAUCAUUACCUCAAGAGUGGCUUUGGUGUGAAACUUGGUGUGAUGAUGGAUCGAAAUCCAAAGCUAAAACUAUUGAUUUAUGCAAUAAUCCUAAAACAAAAGAGCCAAAAUUAACUGCAGCUCGAAGAAUAUUACCCGAAUGGGAAGCUUAUGACAAUGAAAUUAAGGAAUUGAUGAGAGAAUAUGAAGAAUCGAAACAAUCAUCCACAAUGGUAAAUGAAAUUGAAGUUGAAAGUAAAGAUACUAAGCCAACAAUGCCUGGACCUGAAAAAAAGACAGAAGCUAAGGAUUCAGCUCACCAUACAGAACUGUGAUGAAUCAAAUUAACAGCGUAUUCUGAAAAUUGAUGUAAGGGUAAAUGGAAAGAUUAUUUUUCAGAUUAUUAAUACGUUUAAUCAAAUGUUUUCUCAUCUGAUGUUAACAUUUUCUACAAAUUUUGUUCGCCAUCCAUAAUCAAGAUCGCCAAAAGGAUGGUUCAUGUAAAAUAAACUAUCGAUGAUUUAUUUUUACUUUUUAAUUUAACA